AUGAAGGCGACACUCUCAUGGCGACGGCGGCUUAUCCUCGGAAUGAGCAUUGAGGAUGCGCGUAGUAAGUUCGACACCCCAGAGUCCCGUGUGGCACUGCGCCUCGCCCACGAACGCCACAAUCAGGGCCUUUACCACGAGCUCACACUCGCACAGCGCCAACGCAAUCGAUUGCCGGCGGAACGCAAGUGCCACCUUGUGCGUCACACAAAGCCAAGUGUAAAGGGCUUCCAGGCGUACAUCAAGUCGUGUCCCGACGACUACGUGGUACGGGAAAUUUGGCGAGGCACAGACAAGGCAACAGAGCGGAUUGAAAGUGGCGGUGUGGCUGAAGGUGACGGUAAUAGCAAGGCUCUUGGAGAUGCAGAAGAAUCAACGGCAAGCGAAGCGGAGACGGGUGGGCGCUUGUCAAGGCAGCCACCUGAAGGUAGCGAGAAGGCAGAAAAAACACAAUGCACAUCUACAGGAGAAGCAGCAGCACCAGGUGUCACGACCUCGGAGAAGAGCGACUCUGGGGUUGUCGGAAGGGCAGACAUAGCACCGUCGCCGCCGAGCCAUAUUGGGCGGCAAAUCAUUUUGGAGAAUGGCACGUACACACAGCACCGCGCGGUGGUGCUCGCUGAGCUCGCCCGCGUCGCCGACACUCUAGGAAGUGAUGUGCGACAGCAGCUCACAGAGCGACGAGAGAACGGCACACUGCUUCCAACCCGUCAUAACUCUGUAGUGGACCGCCUCGUUGAUGACGUGAAGGAGGCGAAGGAGAAGGGCUACACUAGUCUCUCAUCGUCUUCGCACCUCCUGGAGCCGCUCAAUUUGACAAUGAAUCUGUGCAACAAGAAGGAUAAGCUCAUCCUCGAGGCGUUCCGCAGCCCGCUACUCUGCCUCCGGGCGGAGGAACACCAUAUUUCGCUUUCGCUUUGGGUCGCUGGUAGCAUUAUAGAGAAGGAAGAGCUUGGCACGGAGUUCCCGUACCACAUCGCAAAACACACUGAGCCUCUGGUGGGGGAGGAUGGCACAGUUCUGCCGAUGAGUCGCCUGCCCAAGGCGCACAUAGAAGUGUACUUCUCCCCAGAGCUCUACCAACUACAGCAGACGCUUGGGGUCGACGGUGUGCUGGCGCUUCGUCGUUUCAUUGGCCGUGUGAUGAAGCGGCAGCAUGACCCACUACCCACGGUGUCAUCCAUUGUGCUCAACAUGCGACCUGGACAACAGGAAUCGUGCGGCCUCAGCACUGGUGAGGCGACUCAGAUUCCAUGGUUGCAUCUCAUCAAGGCAAAGGUGGCUUCCUCCACUGGAACCGUUCUGGAGGUGACCUCUGAAGACGCACCGGCGAUUCCAGCGAUGCGGGAGGCGAUUCAGCUUGUCUGGCGUGCGUGGGGCCAUCUGGUGAAGGACUUGCACGUGCACGGUGAUCUUGACUACCUGUAUGUGUCGGUUCGGCCGCAGCUGGAGAUUGGGAAUGCGAAUAAAAGGGAUGUUUUACCUUCACAGGAAGGGACAGACUCUGCUAGAGAGAUGGUGUUAGACCAUCAGCAGGAAGAUACACAGAGUGCGUCUUCUAUUCGUAGUAUGGGAGACGCGGUGGAAGGGCUCGUUGAAGGGGACAACUCGGUUUGGAAGGGCUUCAAGCGGCGCAAGUCGCACGCAAAAACUGUACUUAUCCCGGCAGACUUUGUGGUGGUGGAGUGCACACUCGAAAAGAAGGGUCUGCCACACCGCCUUGUGGUGGAGGAUGUCGUAGAGAGUCUCACCGAGCUGCAGCGGCAGGCUAUGGAGAUGCAACGGCUUGCCAUAGUUGAUAAUGGCGGCAGCAACCCCGCCACUAGUGAUUAUAAUGAAGAUGAUGAGGGUGAGGAAGGCAGUAGUGUGGUGCGGCCAGUGUUAUACGCUCCGAAAAUCACGGUGUCUCACGCCGGUGUCAUUGAUGCGGCGGCCCACGGCUUCCAACGCAUUCGCAUUCGUGGCANGCUCCGAAAAUCACGGUGUCUCACGCCGGUGUCAUUGAUGCGGCGGCCCACGGCUUCCAACGCAUUCGCAUUCGUGGCAGCUGCCUCGCCCACGUCGAAGCUCUCGCACGCGCGUUGCAAACAGGUGAGCACUUUACAGACCGUGAGGGAUUGUCACUCCUUGAAAAUGGUAGCAGUAGCGAUGGUGGUGUUACCGCGUUGCUACUCCCAUCAAAUCUAUCUUUUUCCGCCACGCGUAGUGACGUUCAGGCCCACACAGCAGCACGCCAGCUAUUGGGUCACCGUGUGCCGUCAAGUUACACGGUGCAGCGCACAGCGAAUGGCCGCUUCCGUGUACAUCAAACCCUCCGACCACUGCAGGGCAUGGUGGCCGAUAAGGAGGAACGAGAAUUCUGGGGCGCGCACUACUACCGUCUGUCUGACAUACGGCUGCUGUUUCACGAUCGUGUAA